CCAGCGAGGUUGUGUUCCCUUCCCUCGUCGAAUUGUCCUGGGCGGGCGGGGGAACUUGCUCUGCUUCUCGGUGUCACUGUGCCCCCGCGAGCGAUUGGACCCCCCGGGCGCCGCGAUUCGGGCCGCGAUUGGGCGCUGGGGGGCGCAGUUUGCUCGGAGCUGUGAGGGAGGGGGUUUCGUUCUACCGCCUUGGUGCGCCUUUGGUUUGGGCCGGGGGCCGGCAUUCCUGCUGCGGUCUCCGCGGGAAGCUACUGGGUCGGUGUUCAGCUGGCUCGCGGGGUUUGUUUCCCCGACGGGUUUUGUGGUGUAGCUGCACGAUCGAUCGAUUGAGGCAGCCGAGCUCAUUUCGGAGUUCAGACUGUGGACUGUGGAGCUACGGGGUCAGCAUUGUCGUCGGUGAUUCGGUUGUGGAAUUUGACUUGUGGUGGAUCGAGGACGUAUAUGGUUUGAAAUUUGUACCAUGGAGUAUGGUUUUCCAUUUGGGCCGGCUGUACAGAUUGGAAACUCGCCUAACCAAUCACCAUAAGCUUUUGGUAGGCGCAGAGAGUUUUACUUGGGAAUGAGAAACUCUUAGUUGAAUGGGGUUGGGAGAUAGCUAUGGCAGUUCUCGGCAUGAUCAUAGCUGAUUAGUGAUGAGAUAUGGUUCUAACAAUUAGGGAAUAAUUUGGAGUUUUAACAGUUCUAUCCAAAUUUUGGUUUGGUUGGAAGAAUUUGGUUCUAGUUCGUUCUUCAUUUUGUUCUUUAAAUUCGGUAUUUCCAGUUAGUCACUACUGGGCCUUGGGAUUUUGCAGUUGCAUGCAUUUUGGGUCUAGGUAGUUUAUGGUACGGUUGUGGUGCUUUAAAUUGUUUUUUUUUUUUUUUGCUUUGGUUGUUGUGAUGCAACGUGAGCUAUGGAAUAAGAGCAUGAAUGGGUAGAGAGGAACAAAGCAACACCAAGAGAGAGGCUAACAUGGCAGUGGAGAAAGUAGAUAAAAUGUGCUAGACUGCUAAAUUUGUCGACCCCUCAUCUCAAAUAGAAGCCUCUAAUCUUCUCAGACAAGGAAGGUGACAACAAAAUAAGGCAAGUUGUCAAUAAAAUGGGGAGAGGUGAUGAUAAAGGAUAAUUACUAACCAAACUUGCUGUAAUUUUCCUUAAGGAACAUCAUGUCGCAUAGAAAUAUGGUCUGGACACAUCAGUCUGUUAAUCCUGGAUGGGAGCAAGUACAUGUCCAAGUUCAAACUGAAAGUUCCUAUUAUGGAGGUCCUGGAAGUGAUCCGUCCAACCUGGGUGUGCAAGUUGCUGUUGGAGUUCCAGGAAGUACUGCUAAUGUCGGUAUCUGUGAUCUGCGGAAUCAUGAGCACCAGCAUGUUCAUAAUUCAUACCCACAUGCUGGUGUUGCUUCAAGUUUUGUCUUCCCAACUACUGUGUACAACCCUAGCAUGGCAACAGCAGCUGUGAGCGUAUAUGUUCCUCAGACUCAAAGCUUUGGACUGGGCAAUGCGCAACCACCAUCUUUAUAUCAUUCCACAGGAACUAUUGAUGAGAGUAGCAGCAGUGUCAAUUUUGGUGAUGGUGCUAGUGGAUUCAUCAAAAGAAAAAAUGCAAUGGUGGCUGGUAACCAUCAUUUUUUUCAUGGAUUUGCAGGCUCAAGUUCAUCUGCUCAUGUGCCUCAGAAUCCUGCAUAUGGGCCAUGGAAUGCUUCGUUUCAAUCAAAUUGUUUUCCCAAUUCUGCAGCUUCAAACCCACCAGAGUACCGCAGUAACAAUGGCUGGCUAUUCUUAGAAGGAUCUUCUGCAGAUGUUCCUAGCAGUUUCAGUUCAAUGGCUGCUCGUCCAGAGUUGGUACCUCAUGGUAACUAUGUGUUUCCAGCCUGUCACAUGAGCCAGUGCAAUACGUGGAUUCCACAGGCUGCAAAUGGUGUUGCUCAUGGAGUACCACAAUGGGGAUAUAUGAAUGCAGUGGCCAAUCCUCCAGGGACCACAGACAUGCCGAGUGGAAAUAUUCAAGCUGGCCAUUCUUCUAUUCAUGGGCCUCUACCUCAUUUCUGCCAGAAUUCUUUGCAUACUAUGCAAGUACCUCAAAUACAAGUACCCCAUCAGCAGUUCCUCAGUAACAAUGUGGUGCAUGGUUUAAAUCCUUCUGCCGCAGGCCUUCCAUUAGAUCCAAGAAUGCUGGCUCUCCCAUUCAAUUCUGAGCACACUUUUGGGCAUCCAAUGCAUCCACCUCUUGCAAACCAAGUUAACAAUGGGGUUUUAAGAAUUCUGCCAUAUCAGAAUGCUACAGUGAUGGAUCGAUCAAGGAUACAUGAAGCAGGACAUGUUAUUGAUGAACAUAGAGACAUGCGUCUGGAUGUGGAUAACAUGACUUAUGAGGAGCUUGUAGCGUUGGAAGAGCAGAUAGGCGAUGUCAAUACUGGUUUGACAGAAAGUUACAUCCAAGAGAACUUGAGGUCAACUUUCUAUGUUCCAGGAGCAGCUGGCGUGUCUGAUCAGUUUUCUGAGCUUUCUUUGGAGAAUGAUGCUUGCAUAAUAUGCCAGGAUGAGUAUGAAGCUAAAGAACUUAUAGGGAUCCUUGAAUGUGGCCACAAGUACCAUGCCACGUGCAUAAAGCAAUGGUUGAUGAUGAAGAACCUCUGCCCCAUCUGCAAGACAACAGCGUUGUCAUCAGAUAGGAGGAAUGGAUGACCGUCGCCAAUAACAUUAUUGGUUAUUUACCGCGAGCAAAAUUAGCUCGAUUUUGUAUAUAGACACGGUGGCCUGCUUGUAUUUGCGUCCCCUUUGCUGUGGACAUAAACUGAGCUUCCGAAAACUGUACAGACAUUUUGUAGGAUAAUUUAGGCGUUAAACAGCCCCCAUGGUGUGUAAAACUCCCCCAUGAUGGCCUUGCUAGAUGAUCCCUUCUACUGUACAUUGUAUUUAUCUUUACUUUUCUUUUCUUUUCAAAAAAAGAAAAGCACGAGAAACGUGUUAGUUCUGUACAUUCUGGAAUUGAAAGAACGAAAAGAUUUCGUCGCUUAUGGAGCA